AUGGCUUCAGCACUCCCUACCAUCCGCAUUGGCUAUGUGCCUGAGCACUACCUCACUCCUCUCCACCUCGCCGUCCGCUCUUCCGCCGUCUCCUCGCUGCCCUUCAAGCUCUCUUUGACUCCGUUUCCCUCCGGAACGGGACAUAUGAUCACUUCCCUUCGCGCAAACGAAAUUGAUGUUGCGAUCGGGUUGACCGAAGGAUGGGUUGCCGGGCUGGCUGGCAAGCAGCAGGCCCAAAAGGACCCGGCUGCUGGCGGUUACAAGGUGGUGGGACACUGGGUCGACACUCCAUUGCGGUGGGCGAUUGUCACUGGGCGAGAGAGAGACAACAUUACCAAUGUGUCUGACCUGAAGGGUCAGCGAGUGGGAAUCAGUCGACCUGGAAGCGGCUCUCACAUUAUGUCCUUUGUCCUCGCCCAACAACAAGGCUGGAACCCUGAUUCGUUGACCCCUAAUGUCCUUGGUCCUUUCCAGGCCCUGCGCAACGGCGUCACCGGCAACGAGCAGCCUUCUCAGACUCCAACGGCUGAGUUCUUCAUGUGGGAGCACUUCACCACGAAGCCUUUCUUUCAUCCGACCCCCGAGAACCCUCAGCCACCUCUUAAAAAAUUCGGCGAGAUUUUCACUCCGUGGCCGUCUUGGCUGAUCGUCUCGUCCACCUCGACUUUCCCAGACCCAGAAAGCGACGAGAGGCUCCAGCAGCUCUUCCAGGCUCUUGACAAGGGCAUUCAGGAGUUCGAGGCCGACCAGGCGCAGGUGGUUAAGUUACUUGGCACGGGUGAAUUGGGAUGCACUUAUAUUCAGGAGGAUGCGACGGAGUGGUUGAAGGAUGUUAAGUUCACCAACACUACGCGGGGGAUUGAUUCGAAGGUUGUGGAAAACGUUGUCGACGUUCUCAAGGUUGCGGGUGUCAUUGACACUUCGAUGAGCAACGAUGAAGCUAUUAACCGGGUGGUUGGCAUCAAGCGGUAA